CUCCGUCAACGUCGAUCGUAGUAGACCGGUGUCCGCGUGAUCGUGGGUAAUCGCCGUUGACGCUUCCUUGGAUGAUCUUUCGUGAGCAAUUUGGCGAGUGCAAUUUCGCGUUUGAUUGUGACCAAUUAGCGACUAAUCGAUGGUGAAGUGUUUGGGAGGGGAGUUUGUGUGAUUUUUUUUUUGGUUGGAACAGGUGUAAAAUGUCCGUGUACCCCAAUUCGCCCAAGUUGAUUCUGGAUAUAAGUAGCAACAGUCAGUUUGAACUUCCGUCAGUGAGUAGUAGUGAGCAUCGAUCACCGAAGAUGAUCAAGGUUGAGUCGUACGAGAAUUUGGCCGGUCACCAUAUGAUCCAUCAUCAUCACCAUCAUCCGGCGCUGGGUUCCGUUGGGUCAACCGGUCCGGAUUACACAACCCUGAUGCCUCCACACUCGCAGCCAACUUCGAUGCCUCAGCAAUCCGCGAUCUACGUGUAUCAAACCCCGACGAUCGUGACAACCCAAGUGGUUCCGGGAGAGCCGCUCAGUGUUCUGACGCCUCCCCUAACUUCGAUCAAGAAGCGCAAACUCGACGCCGACUACGACUACGAGUUCGAUCAAUCCUCGCUGAGUCCGACGGGUUGUGACAACAAACGUCCUCGGUACGAUCCGGGAACCGGUUACAGCUACCAUCCUGGAGAGUACCUCCAAACCUCCAACGGUUACGUGGUAGUUCCCGAACUGGCCAACUUGGAUGACGACAAGCUGUCACACCAGUCUCACCACCACAACCCUCCUCCCAUGACCUACUCGGAUCCCUCGCAGUACGGCAUUUACUACCAAAAUGACACUCCCUGCAGCAUGGAACCCCAAACCCCGUCCAGCAACUCCUCCCCGAACAAACCGGAACUCGACGCGAACCACUUCCAGCCCACUCCCUCGUCCUCCUCCACCACCUCGUCGUCCUGCAUGAUCACCAGCAGUUCCCCCACCCAAUCAACGCCAUCCGAACCACCGUCCUCCAAUGAUCCCAAUCCCGACAAGCAAAAACCCGGCCGGAAGUCCCGCAGCAACAGGAUCCGCAAACGUCAGGUCAGGGAAUCGAUCAGCUACGAGGAACUGCAAACGCAGCGGGUGAUGGCGAACGUGAGGGAGCGGCAGCGAACGCAGAGCCUGAACGAGGCGUUCGCCUCGCUGAGGAAAAUCAUUCCAACGCUGCCCAGCGAUAAGUUGAGCAAGAUUCAGACGCUGAAGUUGGCGUCGAGGUACAUCGACUUCCUGUACUACAUCCUCUCGAACAACGAGCUCCCGUCGAUGGACGAGUCCGGCCAGAAGCCCCUUUGCUCGGGUAGUGGCGCUUCUCCGGCGCUCAGUUCCGCCGCCUUUCAGCUAAACUCGGGCCAACUCUGUGGCAAUGGCGUAGGAGGAGGAGCUGGUGGAGGAGGUGGGGGCGUCGUCGUGCGCGAAAAACUCAGCUACCUGUUUAGCGUGUGGCGUAUGGAGGGAGAUUGGAACAUUGGCGGGGGAAGCGGAGAGGGGAACAGUCCCGAUGACAGCUGCUGCAGCGAUAAAGAGUGACGGGGUGACGACUCGAAGGGAUUUGUUUUUAAGUGAAAGUAUUAUUUAGCGCUAAGGUACGGUUCCUACAAGGCGACACAACAAAAGAGCGCACAAAAUAAAUCAUCAACGUGGUUUAGAAAACGAUUCCAAAUGAAAAAGAACUUAAAAUUUGAAUUAAUUAUGUUAAGAUUCUCCUCUUUUUAAAUUUAAGUGCUAAAAGCGAAACUUUUCUACUUUGUCCAAUCUAACUAAUUUAAGUGUUGUUGACGCGCAAAGGCAAUCGUUCACUUUGAGUGUGGCUCAAAGUUGAUGCGAUUUGCAGUUGUGGUCAAAAGUUGUUUCUCCUAAAAUCAUACCAAAGUGGGUGUACGCAUACAGAAAGUAUAAUUCCUUUAGAAGGGGACCUCUAAAGCAGAUUUUAUAUGAUUUUUCAAAGUGUCGAACUCCAUUCGAAAGCAUUUCCAUUUUAUUACUAUUGUAUACUUGUAACUUUUUUUAUGUUUUCCUUGGUUUUCUAUCUUUCAAUAUACUUCAAAUAGUUGUGAAUGUGACAAAACCGUUAAUGAAAAUAAGGAAGAGUAUUUAGAUGAUAAGUAUUCGUGACUGAAUGAAACAGUAAAGUGCCAUAACACAAAAUUUAAAGCCAAAUGCAACAGAAAUGUCAUCAAAGCUAUAAUAAAUAAGUGAC